AUGGAGAUCAAGCCUGGUUUAUCCGCUCUUGUCACCGGUGGCGCCUCCGGGAUUGGUCGAGCUCUUUGUUUGGCUCUUGCAGAGAAAGGAGUUUUUGUAACUGUUGUUGAUUUCUCCGAGGAGAAAGGAAAAGAGACUACUUCGCUUGUUCAAAACGCAAACGCUAAAUUCCAUACUGAGAUAAUCUUUCCUUCUGCUAUCUUUGUGAAAUGUGAUGUGACUAAAAGAGGAGAUCUCGUCGCUGCUUUCGAGAAGCACUUAGCUUCAUUUGGAGCAUUGGACAUAUGUAUUAACAAUGCCGGGAUUUGCAAUCCUGUACCGUUUGAUGAAGACGACACUGAUGGAUCUAAGUCAUGGAAACACACCAUUAAUGUGGACUUGAUUGCAGUAAUUGAAUGCACACAGCUUGCAAUCAAAGCUAUGAAAGCGAAACAAAACCCCGGAGUUAUCAUUAAUAUGAGCUCAUCAGCGGGUCUUUUUCCGAUGCCAACGGAUCCUAUCUACUCUGCCUCUAAAGCCGGUGUCGUCUUAUUCACUAGAUCAUUAGCAUAUUUUAGGGGUCAAGGGAUCCGUAUCAAUGUGCUUUGCCCUGGAUUUAUCCGGACAGAUUUAACCGAACAUAUUGAUGAUUCAGUCAUUCAGUCAAUAGGUGGUUUCAUGUCUAUGGACUUGUUGGUUAAAGGUGCUUUUGAGCUUAUAACCGAUGAGACUAAAGACGGAGCGUGUCUAUGGAUUACCAAGCGUCGGGGUUUUGAGUAUUGGCCGCCUCAAAUGGAACAGGCAAAGGCCUUGGUUGGUACAAGUUCCAAAAAUGGACCUUCCUUUAAAGUAUCUUCAAAUUUUGAACUUCCACAAAGCUUCGAGAAAACGAUUGUACACACCUUGUCUCAUAAUUUCCGUAAUGCUACCCGCAUUGUCCGCGCGCCACUAAAAUUACCUAUUGGACCACACCAAGUUCUCCUGAAAAUCCUCUAUGCUGGUGUUAACGCAAGUGAUGUAAACUUCAGCUCAGGUCGUUACUUUUCCCAAAACGAUGGUCCGAAGCUUCCGUUUGAUGCGGGAUUCGAAGGAGUUGGACUAAUUGCAGCGGUGGGAGAAGCUGUUGAGAAUUUGGAAGUUGGGACUCCAGCUGCUGUUAUGAUAUUUGGAGCAUAUUCCGAAUACAUGAUUGUUUCUUCUAAGCAUGUGCUUACUGUUCCAAGACCAGAUCCAGAAGUUGUUGCCAUGCUUACCUCAGGGUUAACUGCAUUAAUCGCCCUCGAAAAGGCAGGACAAAUGAAAUCAGGUGAAACAGUUCUUGUGACUGCUGCUGCGGGAGGGACUGGACAAUUCGCAGUCCAGCUUGCAAAGUUAGCAGGAAAUAAGGUGAUUGCUACUUGUGGAGGAUCAGAGAAAAAAAAGUUAUUGAAAGAGCUUGGGGUUGAUCGAGUCAUAGACUAUAAAGCCGAGGAUAUCGAGACGAUCUUGAAAAAGGAGUUUCCAAAUGGUGUUGAUAUUGUAUAUGAAUCUGUUGGUGGUCAAAUGUUCGAUUUGUGCUUGAAUUCUCUUGCUGUUUACGGUCGACUCAUCGUGAUUGGAAUGAUCUCUCAGUAUCAAGGUGAGAAAGGAUGGCAACCAGCAAACUAUCCCGGGCUCUGCGAGAAAAUUCUAGCAAAAAGCCAAACCUUGGCUGGUUUCUUUCUGGUGCAAUAUAGUCAACUAUGGAAAGAAAAUCUUGACAAGUUAUUCCAUCUUUACUCUCUCGGACAGCUUAAGGUUAGAAUUGAUCAGAAAAAGUUUAUAGGUCUAAACUCUGUUGUAGAUGCUGUUGAGUAUCUCCAUUCGGGUAAAAGCACUGGGAAGGUUAUCGUUUGCAUUGAUCCUACGUUUGAGCAGAAAACAUCGGAACUGUGA